GUGCCCGGUUUCGCUUUCCUUUCCUACUUCUGAAUACGGAACAGCUGCUUCACCUCAACAUCAUGUCCAAAACGUCCCCCUGAGCGGUACCAGACCACUGGUGUAGCAUGAGCCAGUGGCAUCAUCAGGCCUAUUGUUGGGGGGGCUUCAUUUGAAGACAAAUAGCAGAAUCUUUAACUGAACUCUAAAGUGCCAGUAGAGGGAGGUAAGAACAGGAGUUAUGUCUUCCCUCUUUACAUGUACCAGUUACGAGGCAAGCAGCAGCAGCAUUUAGAAUGAACUGGAGAUUUUAAUGGGAGGACUGGCUGACUCCAAAAUAAAGUGCAUUACAGUAAUCCAGCUGAAAGAUGAUGAAGAGGAUGGAUGAGAUGAGCUCUGUUGCAGGCAUCGCCACGGCUCCUUCCGCCGACGUUCCUCCCCCUCUUAAGCAAGGCGAGACUUUCCACGUCUUCAUCAGCUACAGCAGCACCGACUACCAGUGGACGCAUUCCCUCAUAGACACGUUGGAAUCACACGGUCUUCGUGUCUGCUACCACGAUCGCGAUUUCACGGCAGGGCGCACCGUGCUAGAGAACAUGUCGGAGUGCAUCCACGAUAGCCAGAAAGUCCUGCUGGUCCUCAGCUCGGAGUUCGUGAGGAGUCGCUGGUGUCUCCUGGAAGCCAACAUGUCUCUGUUCAGAGACUGCCUGGAGAGGAAGCCUAUCGUCCCCGUGCUUCUGGAGCCGGCGGUCUGCAUCCCGCUCCACCUGUGCCACCUCACCUAUCUGGAGGCCCAAGACCCAGAGUUUGUGGCCAAGCUGGUGAAGGUGCUAUUCGCUCCCAACCGGCAGCUCCAAGGCUCCACGGUGGUUCCCUACCAGCCUCCGUCCAUCUACAACGGGAAGGCCCUGCAGCCUUUAACUGCUGCUAAUGUGGAAAGUCUUUAUAAGUGGGAUGCGGGGCAGUUCAGUGACAUGGACAUACCAGACCAACUGCGGUUGAUCAUCGAGGACCAAGUGAAGUACAAGGAGGCCAUUGGCAUCAUCAACAGUGUGUCUCAGCAGAAGGUUUACCCAAAAUGGUUACAAGCAGUUUUAAUUGGUGUUGCUGUGGUAUUUUUUUUAACUUUGCAGGGUUUUAUCUCAUAUAUCGGUUUUUUACUCGCGUUUAAUCGCAAUUCUUAUUUUUGGGCACUGGCACUCUCUUGUCAAUGCUGCAUUUUCAUCGGCACGUUGGUUCAGGCGGCCCUCACCAAGAGGGAUUGCGUGGCUCACACGGUAAAGGAGAUGCAGAAGGCGGCGGGUCAGGCAAACAUCAUUCUCCGAGAGGAGAACGUCUUCAUGGGCUGUCAGUCCAAUUCAAAAAUCUACAUGGUCUAUGUUUCUCUGAACGGGUGUCAGCGGGAGUUUGCGGAGACGUUCUCUGAGCAGGCCAGUGCAGAGAACUUGUUUCGAAGGGCCUUGCUUUAUUUCUCAUCGGGUUACGCCUGCUGCCUGGCCAAAAGAAGCUUCCCUUUCCCUGUGCCCGUAACCUCAAGUCACCUGGAGGGAGGUGUGUGCUUCUGCCAGUACGUCUCCAUGCAACUCAGUCGGGGAGAGUGGAUGUGAGAGGCCGUACGCACUGGCCACAGCAUUAGGUACACCUGGACCAACCAGUGCAUGGGAGGGCAAACUUUUGUGCUCAAGGAUUUUUAAAUUGGACAGUUGGGCGAGGUCAUUUAUCAAUGAGGCAAAGAAAAAUGGCUGUGUGAAACAAUAUCAAAUAGUUUAUUUUUAAUAAAAUAACAAUGAGUCGUCAUUUUUAAGGGUUAUGACACACCCUGGAUGGUUGCCAGCCAAUUGCAGGGCAGAGAGCGAUAAACAACAAUUCCUACUCGUCUUCACAUCUCAGGACAAUUUAGUGUCUUCUAUGAACCUAACAUGCAUGUUUUGGGGAUACGUGAGAUUCACCACCCAUGAACAGGGAGGGGGGAUACGGAUUCGAACACCCAACCUCAGACCUGUGAGGUGAAUGUGCAAAACACUAGGCACCGUGCCACCUAAUGUUAUUAGGUUGUGUUAUUGUUUAAAAAUAUUUUAUCGUAAUUGAGCAACCAAUGAUUUGAUUAAAAAUGCUAGCUGUUUUUGCAAAAUUGUUUAUUUUACUAAUAUCGUUUAAUACAGUAUUUAUUUUGUUAUUUACAAUGAAUCAGUCAGUAACAAAAAAAAUGAAUAAAUACAUUUUGAUAUCCAAUUUUGGAAAAAAAGGGCGAAAUUAAUGUAACAGAUAUUGCAACAAAUAUUACAGGACUCUUAAUGUAAAUGCUGGGUAGGCUUGAUUAAACAACUGAUAUAUUAUAAAAUAACUCCAUAUUUAACCACGCCUGACCUCAUGACAUUCAAUUAUUGAAAAAAGGCUUUUACAAAGACGAUAAUUGUCAGUUUUGAUUGAGAGCGCGUAUUAGAGACCACUCUUAAGAGUACCACAUUAAAUUGCACAGAUGUAUACCUCAUGUUGUGGCCGGUGCAUGUACAGAUCAACCCAAAAUGAUCCAUACAGUAGCCAAAUUUUGAGUUGAAUUUGUAUUUUUUCAAUGGGAUUAUUUUACCUGGAAAUGUCUCUGAUAUG